GUAAUCAUACCGUUUGUACAACUCUCUUUUUCGCAUACAUCAUGUCCUCCGCCUCACCAAGAUCAACAUCUUCCAAACGCAAGACUCCACCAAGCCUCUCAGGCAGUGAUUGCGAAGGCGCGUUCAGCGAAGUUUUGACUCGUCAAGCACGACGAAAGCAGAAGAAGGUCAACAAGCACAGGCCAGAGUUUCAAUUCAAUAUACAAGAGUUGAAAUAUGGCAAAAAGGUUACCCUUGCUCAUAUCCGUGACUUGAUCCUAUAUAUAGUGGCAGAUGGUCAAAAGCCUCAGUGGAUCCAAGUUAAUAACAAGUCCUACAUAUCUCACACUGUCCUGCUCUUUGUUCCAGGCCUCUUACCUACCCAUCUAGGUUUGAGUUCGGACAUCACUUCUGUCUCAAUGCCUUUCGCCAUCAAUUCAAUUUCAACUAGUGAAGACGUCCUUGGCUGUCUAGAGGGGGCCAGUCAGAAAGUUCCCGCCAUCGCUUCAUUAUUUACCUACGGAUGUCCCACGCGGGCGCCUGGUGAUAAGCUUCGAAUGCAUUCCGCCAUCAAUCAGUUACUGAUGUGCCCUAUUCAAGAGCAUAUUAAAAGGAAACGAGAAGCAGAAAGAGAAAAAGACCACCACCGCAAUGCUUCAGUUGACUCUUACUCUCCUCUACUGUACCUCCUCACGCCUAAUCAAAUGAUUGACAACGACUACAACAUACCGUCAUAUCUCCCCCACGUUGAUGGCCGUGUUAUACCAGGAUUGGACAGAUCAAUGAUCCCGGACAAGUCCAAUUUGUUUCUUUCAAGUUUAUCGGAAGUAGAGAAUAUCAAACUAAGAGACGAAUCAGGACGCGUCAUUGGGAUGGAUAGUACAAGAAAUACUAAAGGCAAUACGAGAGAAGGCGGGUGGGUAGAGACUUCCCCAGCGCAGGGUCCACCAAAAGAUGGAAUAUAUCCAAUUCUAGCCAUCGAUUGUGAGAUGGUGGUGUCAAAAGAUGGAGAUGAGUUGGCACGGAUUUCUGUCAUUGAUUUCAACAGCGGAAAGAAUGUUUUCGACGAACUCGUUUUGCCUCCUGGUGAAAUCGUGGAUUAUCGCACUCAAUGGUCAGGUAUCACUGCUGAACGUCUCCUGUCAGCUGCACAUACAAUUUCCUCGAUCCAGAAUCUUCUCCUUUCUGGCCCAUCGCCCUUGAUUACACCCCACACCAUACUUCUUGGCCAUUCACUCGAGUGCGAUCUGAAUGCGUUGAGAAUUCGCCAUCCUCUGUGUAUAGACACCGCCCUUAUCUAUAAGCAUCCAAGAGGGCCCCCUUUUAAACCUGGGCUGAAGUGGUUGGCGCAAAAGUGGCUGCAAAGAGAUAUCCAAGCAGGCGAGAAUGGACAUGAUUCCGAGGAAGAUGCACUGGCCUGUGUGGAUCUUUUGAAGAUGAAGUUAACCAAUGGCCCUGAUUUUGGCGAUUCUGUCAAUAACAUGGAACCCAUCGUGGAACGCAUUGGUAGGUAUAUGGACAAUUCCCCCGAAUCCCGCAAAACUUCCGCAUAUUGCGAUUAUGGGGAUCCUCGGUGGUUAUAUGGUGCAAAAGCGACAACAGCUGUACGAUGUACCUCAGAUGACGAUGUGGUGAAUGCUGUGGUAAAGAACGUUCAAAGUCAUACUUUUGUAUUUGGCAGAAUGAUGGAACUCUCAGAAGCACAAGGAUGGAACGAUGGUGGGGCCAGCUUACCUCCAAAUUCCACGGCCUCACUCGAUUCAGUCCUUGAGCGUUUCAAUAACCGUCUCACCGCAUUGCAUUCUUCCCUUCCGCCUAAUACUGCAUUGAUCAUCGUCACUGGCCAUUCGGAUCCGCUGCCAAUGGUGAAACUUACGAAGAAGCGGCAAAGAUGGGAGAGGUCUGUGAAGACUGGAGGUAUCGAAGGACUCUCCGGAGAUGAUCGAUGGAUGGCGGAGCAUGACAGGGACCUUGAAAAGGCGGUGGAAGACGCGAAAGCGGGCAUGGCGUUUUUCCGGGUGACCUCUUAGAUGGUUCAGCAUAUUCGUUGGGCUGUAUUAAUGGUGUCAUGAUCCUCUUGUUGUCUCAGCAUGAUAAGGGUCGUUUGGCAGUUUUAGCAAGAGACGAGAAUACCAUUAAAGUACAGUUUAACAAUAAUGUCUGCUCAGACAAACAACUAGAAGGCUAUGGAUGGUGGUGUUUCCGACGACCAAUCAACAAUACAGAUAUGAUUACGUAAUUUUGAUUCUGGUAACUGAAAGAAGGCCAUAGAGCAAUAUGAUAAAACUGUGGAAACUUACGAAAACACAAAGGACAAGGUUAGAGGACUCUUUG